AUGUAUGUUGUUUCGGUGUAUGUGUCCCCUAAUCGUGAUUUUGCUGAGUUCUGUGCUGUCUUGAACUCUCUUUCUGUUUUCAUUGGGCCUGUCAGAGAUCGAGUAGUUAUUUGCGGGGAUUUCAACGCGAAAUUCUUGACCUGGGGUGGUUCUACCACUGAUAGGCGGGGUUCGGAGUUGGAGGGUUGGUUGGCUCAAUUAGAUUUGCGGGUUGGUAAUAUCGGUGCAGUUCCUACUUGCGUUAAACCACAGGGCUCUUCGAUUGUUGACCUCACCUUGGUUUUCCCGGCGUUUUUGACGCACCUACAGGAUUGGAGAGUCCUUUCCGAGGAGGAGUCGCUGUCAGAUCACCGCUACCUUCGCUUCUCUAUUGGUGCUGACUUUCGCGUUCUUGGUGGACGUGGUUACCGUCGUUACCCUGCUUGGAAUUUUAAAUCUUUUGACUUACCUUCGUUUAGCGCUGUUUUAGAUUUUAAAUCUUACUUAUUUGACGAUACCCGAGCGGUUGAUUCUAUGGUCAGGUGGGUUAACGACACAAUGGUCGAGGCGUGUGAUUUGGCGGCGCGUAGGUCGGGUCCUCGUCCUUCGUGUACCUCCGCGCAUUGGUGGUGCGAUGAGGUAGUGACGGUUCGCCGUGCAUGCAUAGCUGCUUUGCGGAAGUGGAAGAGAGCCUUGCGCAGACGGCGCUCUGUUGAGGUGACGAACGAGCUUCAGGCACAUUAUCGCCUUGCCCGUGGUAGACUUCGCGACGAGAUCCGAAAGGCUAAAGCUCAAUCAUAG